UGAUGAUCAGUGUAGCCCCAGCAGUGCCACCUGUCAGUGCCUUGUGUCAGAGCUCAUCAGUGCCUUAUGUCAAUGCUUAUCAGUGCCUCAUGCCAGUGCCCAUCAAUGCCACAUAUCAAUGCCUACCAGUGCACAUCAAUGCCACAUAUCAGUGCCCAUCUGAGCUGCCUUUCAGUGUCACCCAUCAGUGCCAGUCAGUGCCACCUAUCAGUGCCAGUCAGUGCUGCCUAACAGUGCCUGUCAGUGCCCGCCUAACAGUGCCAUCAGUGCCACCUAUUAGUGCCAGUCAGUGCCGCCUAUCAGUGCUGCCUAUCAGUGCCAUUGCCGCUCAGUGAUGCCUGUCAAUGCCCAUCAGUGCCACCUACCAGUGUCUCCUCAUCAGUGCCCAUCACUGCCACCUAUCAGUGUCCAUCAGUGCAGCCUAUCAGUGCCCAUCAGUGCAGCCUCAUUAGCGCACAUCAGUG